AUGAUCUGGUUGAAAUUCAAUUGGCUUCUAGCAAGCUUAUUUAUGGUGGCUGUAGUAUCAGGCAGUAAACCAUGUUGGAAGAAAAUGAUGAAAAAUGGAGUCGUAUGUGUUUGUAAUAGUAGCUAUUGCGAUAGUUCCGAUCCGAUCGAUAAAGUGGAUAAUGGCAAAGUAAUUGUUAUCCAGAGUACAAGUUCAGGCGAUAGGCUAGUCAGAAAGACCGUUUCCACCAGUAACAAACCAUCCAAUAAGAAGAUUUUAACCUUUAGGCCUGAUCUAAAAUAUCAAAAAAUUGCUGGUUUUGGUGGUGCUUUUACCGAUUCUGCAACAAUGUUAAUCAACAAUGUAUCAGCCCGGUUACGCAUGCAGAUUAUGCGAUCUUAUUAUGCCAAGGAUGGCAGUCGAUACACCAUGGGCCGUGUACCUAUUGCCAGUACCGAUUUUUCAACACAUCGUUAUACCUAUGAUGAUAACAACAAUAAGCCUGAUUUUGACUUGAAAAAUUUCUCCUUGGCUAUGGAAGAUUUACAUUAUAAAAUUCCUAUCAUCAAGUUAGCUAAUAAAAUCGCUGACAAACCCCUUAAGUUAGUUGCUACUCCAUGGACUGCCCCUGCAUGGAUGAAAACCAAUAACAAACUGAUCGGAAUGGGUAGUUUAAAAGGUCAAGCUGGCGAUAAUUAUCAUACUACUUGGGCCAACUAUUUUGUCAAAUUUUUAGAUUCCUAUUCCAAGCGAGGCAUAACAUUUUGGGGAAUUACUGCACAAAAUGAGCCCACGGAUGGUAAUACACCAAAUUUCUCGUUUCAAUGUAUGGGAUUUAAGCCAGACGCAGAAAGAGAUUUCAUUAAAAAAGAUCUUGGGCCUACACUUGCCAAACAUAAUUACAGCCAUGUCAACCUUAUAAUACUAGACGACAACCGACCAUUAUUACCGGAAUGGGCCAUCAAGAUUUUAAAAGACAAGGACGCCCGAAAAUAUGUCAAAGGCAUAGGAAUCCAUUGGUAUUUAGAUGUUCUUGUACCUGUUACGGUACUAAAUGUCACUCAUUAUUUGUUUCCGGAUGUUUUCAUUCUAGCAACGGAAGCCUGUACUGGCACUUCACUUUUCGACACCCCUGGACCACUUUUAGGAAGUUGGGCAAGGGGUGUACGAUACAGUACCAGCAUUAUCGAUGACUUGAAUAACUUUGUGGUUGGAUGGUUAGAUUGGAAUCUGGUAUUAGAUUUAAAAGGAGGGCCAAAUUGGGUUAAGAACUUUGCGGAUUCUCCAAUUAUUAUAGACUCUAAACAAGAUGUGAUUUAUAAACAGCCCAUGUUUUAUCACUUGGCUCAUUUUAGCAAGUACAUCAACCCGGGCUCCGUAAGAGUUGGAAUUAAAGGUGACACUAAUAACACGAAGAUUGUUGGAGUUAUUGACUCUGGCCGGGGCGUUGUUGUCAUUCUCAAUCCGUACGUAAAGAACUUUUAA